AACCAAUUAUCAACAACACAUGAACGAUUUGUCAUUCCUACUGAUAAAGAUUUACAAAAUAUUCAAGCUUACUCUCACAUUACUAAAACAGAUGAUAGUACAAAAACUUGGAUGAAUCUUUUUAAUGCUUAUAAAAAUGCAGCCAAUUUGACUGAAUCUCUUGAAUCAUUAGAUGAUACUGCAUUGCAAAAUCAGCUUU